AUGUUACAUCUCAUCAGCUUCUAUCCAUCGUCUCACACUAUUUCCGGCUUCGCAUGUUUUUCACAUAGGUUCAUCUGCCUUACUCUUCACAAACCUAUGCUGAAUUCGCUACACCAUGAUGCUUCGUCGACGACUCCCACAGAGCCAGCCUUUCAGUCGUCAUUUUCAAAUGUUCCCUCGAGCCGUAUCGCGCCACAAAAUACCAAUUCAGCCUCGACAGGCAGACCGGACGAUGAGCUGCCGUCCAGUUCCUUUGGUGCUGCGGAAGAGACAGAAGCCGCUGGAUUACUGCAAGGAUCCGUGCCAGAUGACGAUGCCUUGGCAGGCAUAACAGGUCUGUCAUGGAGUGAUGGACAGCAGAAUAUCAUGUCUUUUGAUGAUAUUUGGAGCCUGGGGCAUCUUUCUCUGGAUACGAGUUCGUUAGAGUCGCACCCAGCGUCUCUGACUUCCAACGAUUGGCCUCAAGACUGGCCAUAUGAAUUCGGAACUACGGAUGAGAGUGCGUUUUAUGGAAUGAACUCUUCCCAGCUCCAGCAAACAAGUCUUACUGCACCAUCUUGGACAGAAAACAAUAACUCCAAUGAUCUCUCUAAUUUUAGCUAUGAGUCUAUGAGUCCAACCUACCCAGCCGAUCCGGCUACGCCAUCAUCGCCACUGUUCAUCGCCUCUGUAUAUGAACGUGAGAGGCCAAGACGCGACUCGAACUCAAGUCGAAUGUCCAGAUCAACCAGUCAAAUUUCAUCGCGUUCUAGUGCCUCCGAGACCCUCAAACGCCGCAUCAACCCUCUAAAGCUCAGCAAGGCAACGCCUAGGGAGUCAAACGACAAUUUCCCUUGCGAUACAUGCAAGCGCCCAUUUCGAUACAAAAAGGAUCUUGAAAGACAUCGGUUCUCUAUCCACGAUAGACGGCCAAGUUGGUUUUGCCCAGCUCUGGAGUGCCGUUUUGCGAAGCAAGGCUUUAGUCGGAAGGACAAAGCUUUUCAACAUGUCAAGACACAUCGAAGCAACUCUGAUGCAAUCCUUAAACCAAUAUUUGCUGCAGAAGGAGCUAGCUUGCGGUCUAUUGGAAGUGCUCCCGUUUCACCACGUAUCACUUCUGAGUAUCAUAGGUCUCACACACCACUACGCGAGAGAGAAGAGCAAGAUAGAAAUACGUUAUCUUAG